UUCAUGGCACCGGAGGCUGAUCCUCCUAACGGAAGCGACAACGGCCUCAUAUUUCAAUGAGAAAAUUGUGAAAUACGAGACCGAGGAUUAGGGUUAGUCUCUGCUUUCUUCCAAGAUGAUCCACAGUCUCUUCCUGGUCAACUCAUCAGGAGACAUUUUCCUGGAGAAGCACUGGAAGAGUGUGGUAAGCCGCUCUGUGUGCGACUACUUUUUUGAGGCCCAGGAGCGUGCCACCGAGCCGGAGAACGUCCCGCCUGUGAUCCCCACGCCGCACCACUACCUUAUCAAUGUUCUCAGACAUCGCAUAUACUUUGUGGCGGUCAUACAGAGUGAGGUUCCGCCGCUCUUUGUCAUUGAGUUCCUGCACAGAGUCGUCGACACAUUCCAGGACUAUUUUGGUGUGUGCACAGAGGCAGCCAUCAAGGACAAUGUGGUCGUGGUCUAUGAACUAUUGGAGGAGAUGUUGGACAAUGGCUUUCCCCUGGCCACAGAGUCCAACAUUCUCAAAGAGCUUAUCAAACCCCCCACCAUCCUCCGCACAAUGGUUAACACUAUCACAGGCAGCACCAAUGUGGGUGAACAGCUCCCCACUGGCCAGCUGUCAGUGGUACCAUGGCGACGCACUGGUGUCAAGUACACCAACAAUGAAGCCUAUUUUGACGUGGUGGAGGAGAUAGACGCCAUCAUUGAUAAGUCAGGUUCCACCAUCACGGCAGAAAUCCAAGGAGUCAUUGAUGCUUGCGUCAAACUAACUGGCAUGCCCGACCUCACACUCUCGUUUAUGAAUCCUCGACUGCUGGAUGAUGUCAGCUUCCACCCGUGUGUUCGAUUCAAGCGGUGGGAGGCUGAGCGGAUCCUCUCCUUCAUCCCUCCUGAUGGAAACUUCCGGCUACUUUCCUAUCAUGUCAGCUCCCAGAACCUGGUGGCAAUUCCAGUGUACGUCAAGCACAACAUUACUUUCCGUGAAGGAAGCUCCCAGGGGCGAUUUGAGUUGACCCUGGGUCCCAAGCAGACCAUGGGCAAGGCUGUGGAGUCGGUGCUUGUCAGCAGUCAGCUCCCUCGGGGGGUUCUCAACGCCAAUCUUAACCCCUCCCAAGGAACGUACACCUUUGACCCAGUCACAAAGUUGUUGACUUGGGAUGUAGGCAAAAUAAACCCCCAGAAGCUUCCCAGCUUGAAAGGCACCAUGAGUCUGCAGGCGGGAGCCUCCAAACCCGAUGAGAACCCCACCAUCAACAUCCAGUUCAAAAUCCAACAGAUGGCCAUCUCAGGGCUGAAGGUGAACCGUCUGGACAUGUAUGGGGAGAAGUAUAAACCUUUCAAAGGCAUCAAGUACAUGACCAAGGCUGGCAAGUUCCAGGUCCGGACAUGAAAACAUCACUUCUGCUCCAAAUGCACCAAAACUCCUUGGAACUGUGAGAAGGGAUGUGAUGUGAUGGGAUUUGUUCCGUACACGUUUACGUACAAUUAGAAGGCUCGUUGUAGCAACAAAUUACCAACAGUCGUCAGAUGCUUGAACCCAGUGGAACAACCUAAGCACUUUUCUAUCCAAGCUGAUCCAUGAAAUCUUCUAAUGUACUCCUAUAAACUAAUAUUUAUUGAUCAUUGAAGCCAAUCCAAGCUACCAAGGCAAUGGUGCCUGGUCCUUUUCAAUAUGGAUAUAAAUAGAUUUUCAAAUGUUAAACAACCCCUACAAUUUAUAAACAAUUCAAGUAUUGUAUUCAUAUCUUAUUUGUUUCCAUCAAAGCCAACCUGCCAGUUACUGUACUGUUUUCUUCUAUUUAUUUAUCUUCCUCCCCUAUUCAGCUUUCGUGCUUUGCUUUUGCGAGUUUUUAUUUUUUUUUAUUUGUUUGUCGUCACCAAUAUACAGUGUACACUGACAUAUGAGCAUACAAAAGCCCUCCUCAGUCAGGCACUUUCGCUUCUCCUGGAACCAAAUUUUCAAUGCAAAUGGAGUUGGUGCGGUGUUACUGACUCCUGUCGGGACCAUUUUAUCACCAUGGUGUUUUAUGGAAGACUUGUAAAGUAUGCAUUUGCUUCUUUUUGUCGGAAUUCCUGGAGAAUAUGAAGACAUCUGUACACCGUUUCAGCAUACUGUCAUCAUUUUUGAAUGAUUCAAGUUAACCAAACGGUAGAUGUAAUUGUUUGGUCACUGUCCUCCUGUCCAGAAAUGAAUGUAUAAUUUGCUUUGACCCAAAUGACCAAAAUAUAUUUACUCAGCCCCCAGAAUAUGUACUCAACUACAUCACUUGUACUUAAUAAAUGUGUGUAAUAUUUUGUUACCCAUAAUUAUUAGCAAUCUUCAUCUAAGUGCUCAACACAUAUGAGUGGACCAAUAUAUUUGUUGAAAAAUCUUGAGUCUCCUUUAAAAAUACGUCCUCUAAAAUACUCCCUUAAAUGUGAGCCACUGAUGCACGCACAAAAAUGUAAUUUUCCGAACAGAUUUAUUGGCGUGACAAUAACUCAUCGUCUGCAAGGAUUUGGGCUUUGAGGGAACAAGGUCACAGGUUUGUGUUUGCUGCGGACAAAAAUGUAAUAAUGGCAAAGUAGCUGUUGGAGAAAUGCUAGUCUGCGUGCUGGCUGCUGUUGAGGUGCCCUUGAGCAAGGCAUUGUCCUCUAUCCCCAGCUCAAGUGGUGCAGCACUGUUUGUGUGCCUCUUUCACUCUGACUUCUCCGUGAUGUGCAACGCAGAGAAUACGUUUGAGUUUCGAGUUCCCCUUGCAAAAAAAAAAAAAAAUACAUUUAAAAAUCCCUUUCACUAUAAUUAAACUCUCAGUGAAGCUAAUACUCUUUGGAAUUCAUAACAUUUUUCUUGUAUUCACUGAGAAAUGGAUACAAAGCUUAUUUAUGUUCAGCACUGUAGUAAGGCCUCAUUGUCACCGUGGUAACUGAGCUGAAACCAGUCCACCAUCAUUACUCUGUUCCAGUGCUUGAAGCAGCUUGUGUUUGCUAUGUUUGAAAUGUGGAAUAACAACUUCCGUGGUGGGUUAGGCCACUACUUUCCAAGUGUAAGAAGAUGCAUAUUUUUUGUCUGUCUUUUGUUUGUGUUAUAAAGGUGUGGUAAUAAAGAUCUUAUGUGUUGA